AUGCCGGGAACCAGCUGGAUUGACGCGCUAGUUGCUGCAGAUUGCCGACUCGAGAUCUGCACGGCGAGCAAGACGAUUCUGUCGGUGGACGACAUCCUGCAGCUCAUCGGCGACAGAUGCGACGGCGUCAUUGGCCAGCUGACGGAGGAGUGGGGCGAGCGGCUGUUUGCGGCGCUGGCGCGCGCGGGGGGGCGGGCGUACAGCAACAUGGCGGUGGGGUUCAACAACGUCGACGUGGACGCCGCCACGCGCCACAGCAUCAGCGUCGGCAACACGCCCGGCGUGCUCACGGAGACGACGGCGGAGCUGGCGGCGGCGCUGACGGUGGCGGCGGCGCGGCGCGUGGUGGAAGCUGAUUACUUCAUGCGCGCGGGGAAGUACGACGGCUGGCUGCCUACCAUGUUCAUCGGCAACCUGCUCAAGGGGCAGACGGUGGGCAUCAUCGGCGCGGGGCGCAUUGGCAGCGCCUAUGCACGCAUGAUGGUGGAGGGCUUUAAGAUGAACCUCAUUUAUUACGACCUGUACCAGUCGAAGCGGCUGGAAGAGAGUGUCUCCGCCUAUUCCUGCUUCCUCCAAUCACAGGGCGAGCCGCCGGUGACAUGGCGCAGAGCGUCCAGUCCCGAGGAGGUGCUGCAGGUUGCUGACGUGGUGUCGCUACACCCUGUACUCGAUAAGACCACCUUCCACCUGCUGGACGAGAGACGGCUCAACAUGAUGAAGAAGGACGCCAUACUGGUGAACUGCAGCAGGGGGCCGGUGGUGGAUGAGGUGGCGCUGGUGAGGCACCUCAAGGCCAACCCCGCCUUCAGAGCCGCUCUCGACGUCUUCGAGGACGAGCCGCUGAUGAAGCCGGGUCUCUCCACGCUCCCCAACGUGGUGGUGGUGCCGCACAUCGCCUCCGCCUCGCAAUGGACGCGCGCUGGCAUGGCUGCCCUCGCUGCUCUCAACGUCGCUUCACAGCUACAGGGCUACCCCGUGUGGCACAACCCCAACGAUGUGCUGCCCUUCCUCGACCCCACCCACCCGCCGCCCAAGGCGUGCCCCAGCAUCGUCAACGCCAAGCAGCUAGGCCUGCCCACAACCACUCCUUCCAAGCUGUGA